AUGAUUGUUCCACGUCCCUGCUCCCCCCCCACCCCGGAUCGAGGCCGGGGCACCCAGUACCUUGUAGACUGGGAGGGCUACGGUCCGGAGGAGCGGUCGUGGGUUCCCGGACGGUUCAUCCUGGAUCCAGCCCUCAUCCAGGACUACCGUCGUCGGGUAUCCUCUGCUCCGGGUCCGUCUGGUGCCGGCCCUGGAGGGGGGGUACUCUCAUUUUCAGAGUCACAAACUCAAGGAACGUUCCACAAUCAUUUCACUGAUUCUGUUCAGCCUUUAAUAGAGUUGAUUGAUUCUCUGCGGCUGAUUGGCAUUGAUAAAGAUAUAGAUCUACCAUCCAUUGCGGUGGUGGGAGAUCAGAGUUCUGGAAAGAGUUCUGUUUUGGAGGCACUUUCUGGAGUGGCUUUACCUCGAGGAAGUGGCAUUGUCACUCGGUGUCCUCUUGAGCUGAAAUUGCGGAAGGUCAAAAAAGGACAAUGGUCAGGGACCAUUUCUUACCAUGGCCACAAAGAGACCUUUUAUGACCCAUUAAUGGUGGAUAACCUUGUUAGAAAAGCUCAAAAUGAGCUUGCUGGAAAUACAGUUGGAAUCAGUGAUGAACUCAUUACUUUGGAAAUUUCAUCUCCUAAUGUUUGUGACCUCACUCUGAUCGAUCUACCUGGUAUAACCCGUGUACCUGUGCAAGAUCAACCUGAUGAUAUUGCAGAUCAGAUCAAAAACUUGAUACUGAAAUAUAUUUCCAAAAGUGAGACCAUCAUUUUAGUUGUUGUGCCCUGCAAUGUUGACAUAACAACAACAGAAGCACUAAGAAUGGCGCAACAUGCAGACCCCGAGGGAAACAGAACUCUUGCAAUUCUCACAAAACCAGAUCUUAUUGACAGAGGGGCAGAGACUGAUGUUUUGAACAUUGUUCAGGGCAAAGUUGUUCCUCUCAGUAAGGGUUACAUUAUUGUGCGAUGUCGUGGUCAGAGUGACAUCAAUAACAAAAUGCCUCUUGAUGAAGCCAUAGACAUGGAAAUUGAAUUCUUUAAAAACCACAGAUAUUUCAGCUCUCUACUGAAUGAUGAUAAAGCAUCUACUCAGUGCCUGGCAAAGAAAUUGACCACAGAACUGGUUUAUCAUAUCAAGAAAUCACUACCACACUUAACUGAGCAGAUAAACACUAAAAUACUUGGUGUGCGGGAAGAUCUUAAAAAGUAUCAGGGUCCACCUCUUGAAGAAGAAAUGAUGGGACCUUUUCUCAGUAAGAUAAUAAUAGAGUUCAGUGACCAAAUCGAUGAACUGAGUAGAACAGGACAUUCAAAAAACAGGAACAUUCAUGCACUUCUACGUCCUGUAUUCAAGAAAUGGGACAGCUGCCUAAGAGACACUGAAGUAUCAUUCAAUGCAAAAGUAAAGGAAAUGAUAGAAAAGUAUAAUGAGAUGCAUCGUGGCAGAGAAUUGCUAACGUUCAGUAACUUCAGUGAAUUUGAACGUGUCAUCCAAGACCAUGUGGCAGCCCUUCAAGAGCCAGCUAUGCAAACACUGAAAGAUGUACGAGAGAUUGUUCAAAAUAAGUUUAGGGAAAUAUGUAAUUUAUGUUUUGUUCAGUACCCGUCACUGAAAUGCAAUGUCUCUAAAAAGAUUGAUGAGAUUCAGUUAAAACAAGAGGCCAAAGUGGAGAAAAGAAUCGAAGAGUUCAUUCAUAUGGAGCAACUGGUUUUCACGCAGGACAAAGUAUUGCAAAAGAAACUUGAUGAAUCUGACAUCCAUCAAAUGACUGGGCUAGAACGUUACGAGAACCUCCGUGAAGAUGACAUGGUUUUAAAUUCCAAAGGCUGUGCAUUGUUGGAUACGAGAAAUCUAGUACCAGAAAAACUGGCUCUUUAUUAUGAGAUCAUCUAUCAACGCCUGACAGACUAUGUGCCCAUGCUGCUCAUCCUCUUCAUGCUGAAGGAUGCAGCUAAGACAUUGCGACAUCAAAUGCUGGAAAUGAGGAACGGGGCAGAUGUGGUCGAACUACUGAAAGAAGAUUCAGACCAGUGGCGAAGGAGAGCUGAUCUAAAGCAGCGUCUGGAACGUCUCACAAAAGCUCAAGAACUGAUAAACAACAGACACUGACACAUCUUUAUAAACAUCAGGGAUAUGUCUAAAUUAAGCAUCAGGGC